AUGGACAACUCCUCUGCUCUGCCCCCUGCUGCCCAGCCCCUCUCCAUCAUGUCCACAGCUGGGAGCCAGGUGGUGCUUCCCUGCAGCUGGAAGCCCCACCAGGCAGAGGUGGGCCCUUCCAGCUGCCACGUCCAGUGGGUGUCUCCGCCGUUCACCGUCUUCGAGCAGAACAGCGAGGACAAGUGGCAGCAAGAGAGGUUUGACGGGCGGUUGGAGGUGCCUACGGUGAAGCUCCAGGCCGGGGACUGUUCUCUGAUCAUCAAGGACGCUCAGAUCGAGGACACGGGGAGGUACGAGAGCUUCAUGGUGGUGGGCGGAGCCAGGUCCAUGAAGACUCGGGUCUUCAUUCAGAGCGUCAAGCUCUCCGUCACCGACAACAAAUCCUGGGAUUCACAUCAUCCAGGGGAAGACUUUGUUUUGGAGCUCCACACACGCCUCUCGUUCACAGUGGUCUUCCAGGGCAGGAACAACUCAGCGUGGCAAGAACUCUGGAAGAGGGGCGAUGAAAACAGCGAGCGGGUGGAGAAACAUCCCGUGCUCGAGCAGUUAACGAUAAAGAAGCUGAGGAGGUCCGAUGAAGGGAUAUACAAAGUUCUGAAUGAAAACGGGCUCUCUGUCAGCACCGUGCAGCUCUCUGUAACAGAAAACUCCCCGUCUUUUAGCGCCCACCGAAAACAGGAAAACGUACCAACAGGCGAGGCAGCUAAAAGCAGCUGCUCAGCUCUCCUCAUCGUUUCUCUUUUAGUUUUGAGUUUCCAGAUUCAUCGUCACUGA